UCAACUAAAUCUGUUUAACAAUUACAAUUAACAUUACUGAUAAUAGCAAAUAAGAAGUCACUGGACAUAUAUACUACAUUAACUCACAGUCCACGAUACGAAAUAUCGACAUAUAUAGUACAUCAACUCACAGUCCACAAUAUGAAAUAUCGACAUGCAUACUACAUCAACUCACAGUCCACAAUAUGAAAUAUCGACAUGCAUACUACAUCAUCGACAUAUAUAGUACAUCAACUCACAGUCCACAAAACGAAAUAUCGACAUAUGUACAGAGACAUAUAUAGACUAUAUAUGUCUCUGACAUGUAGUACAUCAAAAAGAGUAAAAUAUGAAGUGUAGAUCUGUGUCCAUGUAAUUGUGUAGCAGCAGUAAGAGCUAUUAAUGGCAAAGCUAAUUCUUCGACUUCUUCAUCGCCACAAGUAACUGGAUAUCGCCAUCUGUAAUCUCGGGUAUAAAGAACAAAAUUGUCUUGUUUGAAAAGUCCUUGUGUAAAUUACAACAACACAAAAAUCACACGUCAACCAAAGAUCGUAACCUGCUAAUAAAACGUCUGUUUCAAUUGGGCGCAUAACAGGUAAAUUUGUAGGUGGCGGGCUACACUCAUUACUGGGGUUGUGUAGCGGGGUGCGCGUCAAUUCCCUGGCUUUGUGUCGGAGUAAAUGAUCGGUCCAUUAAAACAUACAUUUGCCCUUUAUCAUGUUAACUAUUUUGACUGGCAAGAGGCCUCGGCUGUUAGGGUGGUAACGCGAGAUGGACACAAACAGUGGUGGUGAUAUCUUAGUAAACUGUCGGCAAUCGCUCUACUGGAAAGCGAAUUCUCCUAGCCAAUGAGAGACGGCGAGGGAGGAGCCAAUUGAACGCACACAAAAACACCACGCUCACGUAUUCUAUCAUAGAAAUUCCUACCUUGUUAUUCAUAAAAGCUUCGAAAAGCACUAUGCUUUUGAUUCUAAAUGAAACAAUAUUCAUCGUAAAAUCACGUUUGAUUUGGAUGUACGCAUGACAUGUCGAUUUAAUUGUGACAGUGAGUGUUUUUGACGAUCGUAUUUGUUACUUGUUUUUGUCCAGAAACACGUGUUUUACACAAAUGGUCUGCGAUAGUCACGGUAACAUGCCUGGAGACCUGGUGACGAUUCACUGGACAUAGCCCUGGAUGUGUGUCAGGGGUACAAGUGUUCGCAGGUGUGCCAAUGGACACUUGAGGUCAAUACAAUAGCAUUGUAAUACUGACCAGAACUCCAAAUACCUGACAAUGUGGGAAACUGAAACUUAAAGUGCAGAACAAUGAUUUGUUCUCAGCGCUGUACUACGACAGUACCCCAGUCUGACUUGUGUGUGUUCUUUCAGAGAAAUUAAAUGUCAGGAAUUGUGUAUUGAUAUAUCGUCCACUAAUCUGGAUCCGCUAUCGUAACAUUCAUACACGAAUGGACGCCUGGUCUCCCGCAUUACCAGGGAACACGCUGACAUAAGUGUAAGGUAACGGGUCCGUCCACGGAAAACAAUGAUCGGAAAAGUGUUAACAAGACAUUUCGGAAACAGACGGAUUCUAGUGAUAGUUCUAUUCGUUGUGGUCGGUUUUGGAAUACCCUCGCACGCGCGCAUGAAAGCGCCGGCGGGCUUGACUCCCUCUACUAAAUCUUCCAACCAAACGGAGGUUAUUGAGAGACUUUCUCGGUUUUUCGGGAUAGAUAGAGUCCCAGCUCGGGUAAUUCACAAAUCUCCUCCUCAGUUUAUGAUCGACUUAUACGCUAGCAUCACUGAACCGGGAGGGCUCGUGAAACGGGAAAGCCCAUAUCGGGCUGACGUCAUCCGGAGUUUUCCAGACAGAGAGUGGCGCCAACAGAUGCAUUUCUACUAUAAUGUAUCCUACUUAUCAGAAGGAGAGAAAUUAUUAGCUGCUGAAUUCCAUAUAUUUAAAUUAAACCCUAGACCAUCAUCAGAAGGGGAACAGAUGCCUCCACAUGUCAUUGAGAUUAAAGUUUACCAAGUGUUGGAUCCAGAAAAUAUUCAUUCUCCGCGGGGAUUAAAAUUAUUAGAUGCAAAAAGGACUAGCGCUCACCUUCACGGAUGGUUUGUGUUCCAAGUAAAAAACGCUGUCAAUGAAUGGAUCAAUGGGUCGGCUGUGAACUAUGGGUUUUUAGUAACAACCACCUCACCAAGUGGAAGGCACGUGAACGGAAGUUACGUUCGCUUUGCCCAACGGAAGGAACAUCACGAGAGCAAACAGCCAAUCCUGGUAGCGUAUACAGACGACGGUAUGGCACGACAUCCCAGCUAUAUUUCUCCUACUGAUGAGAAUUACAUGCAAAUUAAAAAGGACAUUUUAAAGAAGCAGAGGCAGAGGAUGCGACAAUUCAAAGGAAAAGAUUUCCUUCAAGCCGUUCGGCUUUUGAAUGAAAGGGAACGAGAAGAAGAUCAAAUAAGAAACAAACACUUGCAAACGAUAUUGGGCACAACCGAACAAACACGUCGACGAAGGAGUACAGGGCAGGAUAAUAGUGAAACAAAAUCUAGUACCUCUGGACUGGGAAAGAAAAAGAAAAAACUAACGAAAGAAGAAAGACGACUUAGAAAACAAAGACGUCGAGAGGAAAGACGCAGAAAGCGACGGAAACGUAACAAAAAGAAAGGAAAAGAUAAACGAGCACUGGAUUACUUCCGACCAUAUCGCCGUCAGCGAAGGAAUUGUGCUCGGCACCAGAUGUACGUGGACUUUGAUGAGAUUGGCUGGUCAGGGUGGAUCAUAUCACCCAAAGGCUAUAACGCAUAUCAUUGUAAGGGGGCUUGUCCUUUCCCCCUAGGUCAGAGUCAAAAACCAACCAACCAUGCUACAGUUCAGAGCAUCGUUCAUGCACUUAAAGUCGGGAAGGACGUUUCUACGCCGUGUUGUGUUCCCAACAAGUUAUAUUCUAUAAGUCUUCUAUAUUUUGAUGACGAUGAGAACGUCAUUUUAAAACAAUAUGACGACAUGGUCGCCGCCAGUUGUGGAUGUCAUUGAUUAUCUACUGUUAUAUCUCAUUGUUUAUAUUUUUUUCAUGAUAAAACACACAAUUUCUUUAAUGAUACCAACUUUGGAUCAUUUGGCUCUUUCAACAUAUUUGUGAUUUUUGGAUGUAAUCUAAAAGGGGCCAUGUUCUGCUUGUAUUGGAUACUAAUAAGGAUGGAGGCAGCAUCUUUACAGAUGGGCUUGCUUUGAUGGAUGGAUGUAUAUCGUGAAUUGUAUAAUUGUCUCCACAAAUCUACGGAAAUCAUAUCAUUGUUGGAUUCAGGCAUAUAUGGACGAGGGUGGACCUGCUGUAAAUGGGUGUUGUCUCCAAGGAAAACUAGAAUGUGUUUGUGAUUUCCUGUGGUGCAAGAUAAAACAAUAUCAUGCUCUCUUCUGAUAUCCAUGACGCUGUACAUAUUGAUCUGGUACGAUAUAAAACAAUACCAGUGUUAUGUGGAGAACAUACGCGUCUCUUUAUUGUAAUCCUUAACUUUGAGUUUACUGCGGUGUAAUUUUGAACGAGAUUACAUAGCCUUGAUAUCAGCAUAUGCAUAUGUGAUAGACCACGUGACAUAAUACCACAGAUACUCUCUAGCCUAGUUAGUUGUUCGUGAUCUGUGGUAAUGACGACACAAAUAAUGGACUGAUAAUGGUGUUUGUAGGGCGUUAUGUCUUAUUUAUGUUCUAAUGUAUGUAUAUUUCGACUAUUUGUAUUUAAAAAUAGUAUGAGAAAGAGAUGAAUGUGGAAUAGAUAUACAUAUCUCGCAGAAAUGAAAUGUAUCGAUGUAAGAGUAUAUGGAGCGAGAGGUAUAAAUGGUAUACUGUAUGGGUAUUGUUAGAAACAUUGAUUGCUCGUAUGUCAGUUUUCGGACAACAUUGAUUGCUCGUAUGUUCGUUUUCGGACAACAUUGAUUGCUCGUAUGUCAGUUUUAGGAAAACAUUGACUGCUCUUUUGUAAGUUUUCAGACAUUCAUUGACUGUUCGCACAGUAUGUUAGUUUUCGGAAAACAUUCAAUACUCGUAUGUCAGUUUUCGACAACACUGAAUGUACGUUUUGUCAGUUUUCAGACUAUUUUCAUGUUAGUCACCAGUUGCAACUGUUUUGUACUCAUCAUUAGAUAAUCUGUUAUACGGGGAUUCUAAACGAGAGGAAAAUGUAUGAGGUUUGGAGCUAUGUUUGUCGUCCGACACGCUUACCAUGUCGGUGAGAUUAAAGCAAAGCGUGACGUCAUCGCCACGUCUGGAAGAGGAGUGAUUGCGCAACAGAAGGGCGUGGCUUCUCCAUCAUAGAUUGCUCAUAUGGUACAGGUUAACACUCAGACCGCGUUCAAAGCCUACGUAGUAUAUUUAUUAUUAAGUAAACGUUAGGAAUGGAAAUAAGGACAGAAGUCAUUGAACAAAAAUGUUUUGCAAGACAAUAUCUGUAUAGUUAUACUGAUGCAUGUUGUAAGGUAUAACACACAGCUCUAUACUGCAUAGGUGUACACAGUCUGAUAGUUGAUCAUUUCGCCAGAUGCUCGCGCAAACAUGCCCAUGCAUAAUCAUCUAUAUGCCACAGGUUAAGAGUGACGAAUUAUAAAUGAAUACAUAAGAUAUGAUAAAGAAUAGCAGUUAGUUAUGUCAUGAUUAAUAAUGUUAAACAGUCAAGAUAUUGCACUUCGUUUUAUAUGAUUACGGCGUGUAUAUAUAUGAUAGUAACGAAGGUAUAAAUUAGUCUUUCUUGGACGCUAUAGUAACUAGACACGUUCGUUAAUCCUUAUUGGACGCUAUAGUAACUAGACACGUUCGUUAAUCCUUAUUGGACGCUAUAGUAACUAGACACGUUCGUUAAUCCUUCUUAGACGCUGAUAGUAACUAGACACGUUCGUUAAUCCUUAUCGGACGCUGAUGGUAAUUAAACACAUUCGUUAAUCCUUAUUGGACGCUGAUAGUAACUAAACACGUUCGUUAAUCCUUAUUGGACGCUGAUAGUAACUAAACACAUUCGUUAAUCCUUAUUUGACGCUGAUAGUAACUAAACACAUUCGUCAAUCCUCUUUGAAGGUACGUUGUUGCUUGAUAAAGGUCUUAUUUUGGUGCUGCUUUGUUGAGAAUUGAGAGUUUUGUGUAUGCUAAGUGUGUUUCAGCUCGAUAUCUAUUUCAUUUAUCUCCUGUCAUUACUGUGCAAUGUAUGUCAAUUCCAAAUCUUGAUGACAAAAUAAAAUGGUGAUCCCUGUUUC